AUGUCCGAGGAACCCAAGUUUGCUGAGCAGCAGGUCUCGGCAUCUCAGCUGAUGGCUGAGGCGUACGAAAAGAGACAAAAACCCGUGCAGCCGGCCAAGAUCCAGAUCCAGGACCUGGAAGAGCUGAGGGAGUACCAAGGCCGGAAAAGAACAGAGUACGAGAAAGCUCUGCGUGUGAAGCGGUUCGAUUUUGGCCAGUGGAUGCGGUACGCACAGUUCGAGAUCGAUCAGAAGGACUAUGCGCGGGCACGUUCGAUUUAUGAGCGCGCGCUCGAGGUCGACCAUAAACAGGUACCUUUAUGGAUCAGAUACAUCCAGACAGAGCUAAAAGGCAAGAACAUCAACCACGCUAGAAACCUGCUAGACAGGGCGACGAGACUUCUUCCUCGUGUAGACAAAUUAUGGUACCAAUACGUUACAGUGGAAGAGUCUGUGGGGGAUGUUGUUGGAACACGCCAAAUAUUCGAGAACUGGCUCCAGUGGCGGCCGGGCCCAGAGGUGUGGGAGCACUAUAUUCGAUUUGAGACUCGGUACAACGAGUUCGAGAACGCCAGGCUGCUUUUUGAAAAGUUUGUGGUGAUGCAUCCCAGCUCUGCAACCUGGCUCCAAUGGGCAGAGUUCGAGAAAGAGCACGGAGAUGAGGUCAAUGUCCGCAAUGUUUACAGGCUUGGAGUCGAAGCACUGCGACAAAAAGGCACACUGGACGCAAAGAUCAUUUACUCGUGGAUACAGUUCGAGAUCUCGAUGAAAAACUGGGAGCAGGCGAAGCUGCUUUUCGACUAUGGGUUUGAGCAUUUACCAGAGGACGAGAAGGUCGCGCUGCGCGCCGAUUACACGCAAUUCGAAAAACAGCAUGGCCAGAAAGAGUCGAUUGAGAAGUCAGUGGUGAGCAAACGGAUGGCUGUCUACGAGCAGGAGCUGGCGCGCAACCCGAACGAUUACGAUACAUGGUGGGCGUAUUUAAAGCUUGUGGAGCCUAUUUUUGACGAGAAAAAAUACGCGCACAAACUACAGGAGGCAACAGAUACAGUUCCAUCGAGUGAGCUGAAAAGCGGAUGGCUCAGCUAUAUUUAUCUCUGGAUGAAAUAUCUUAUUUGGAGCGAAAAACGAGACGUUAAGAAAACCAGAGAGCUAUACCAGAAAUUGAUCUCGCUCAUUCCUCACAAAAAAUUCACCUUUUCUCGCGUAUGGGUGAUGUGUGCAGAGUUCGAGAUUCGACAGGGCCAGCUGGCUGCUGCCCGGAAGGUGCUAGGACGGUCAAUCGGACUCUGCGGUGAUAUAAAAGCUAUGAGGUACUACAUUGAGCUGGAGACGCAGCUUCGCGAAUUUGACCGUGUGCGCAUGGUCUACACAAAACUGGUCGAGCUGCAUCCGCGCGACAGCACUAACUGGAUUGACUUUGCUUCGUUGGAGGCAGAUCUAGGGGACAGGGCGCGUUGUGUUGCAAUUUACGAGCUGGCAGCCGGGGAGGACAGUUUAUCCGUGAACGAGAGGAAGAAGGUGCUGGAAGCCUACUACGAGUACGAGAUGGAGGAGCGCAAGUACGACAACGCCAGAAAGAUCAGAGACCGCAUAGUACAGCUUACCGACGGCGACGUGAGAAGUCUUGUUCAGCGGUGUCUGAUGGAGCUAAAAGUCCCGACGCAGCAACAACUUGACGAGUUUGCGUGCCGCCUAGAAGAAACAGGAGACGACCAGUUCCAGUUCGAGGUCACUCAGGAGGCCAAGGAUCGCUGUCGCGACGUUUUCAACAAGACGAUUGAAACUACAGACGGUCCAAAGAAAAAGCAGAUGAUAGAUGCAUUAAUAUCGUUUGAGCGCAAACACGGUACAGAUGCACAGGUCGCUGCCGCAGAGGCGCGACUCCCGCGCAUGGAAAAACGGUUCCGGCAUAAUGCUAAUGGUGAAGAGGAGGAGUAUUAUGAGUAUGUGUUUGACAGUCCAAAGCCUGUGAGAGCAUCCGGACUCUCACGGUUCGAGGAGUGA